AGAACAGGGCAAGUAAAAGAAGAAGAAAAAGAUAAUUACAGAGGUCUCUUUCUCCAAUUCUUUUUAAGCUUUCUUUCACUAUCUUGUUUUUCCAAUAUCAUUCCUUUUUUCUUGGGAUUGUUUCACGACAUGGGUUCUUGUAAAGGCGAACAACAACAACAUCGUCACGACGAAACUCACUGUGUUUUGGUUCAGGGGCCUAUUAUCAUAGGUGCAGGACCCUCUGGUCUAGCAACCUCGGCUUGCCUUAAACAAGAAGGUGUACCUUCUCUUAUCCUUGAGAAAAGUGAUUGCAUUGCCUCUUUAUGGCAACAUCGGACCUACGAUCGACUCAAACUCCAUCUUCCCAAACAGUUUUGCCAACUCCCACUCCUUGGGUUCCCGCAAAAUUUCCCAAAGUACCCGACUAAACACCAGUUCAUAUCUUACAUGGAGUCCUACGCUUCACACUUCUCAAUCCAACCUACGUUCAACCAAGCAGUGACAAGCGCCGAGUUUGAUCACGUUACGGGGUUCUGGAGGGUUAAAACUCAAGAUUCUGAAUACAUUUCAAGGUGGCUCGUUGUCGCCACUGGUGAAAAUGCUGAGCCUUUAAUACCGUACAUUCCUGGGAUUCAUACAUUUAGUGGUCCGGUCCUCCAUACAAGUUCAUACAAGUCUGGUUCCGAGUUUAAAAACCAAAGGGUUUUGGUUAUUGGAUGUGGAAACUCCGGCAUGGAAGUCUGCUUGGACCUUUGUCGAUACAAUGCAAUUCCUCACAUGGUUGUUAGAAGCACAGUGCAUGUAUUACCGAGGGAAAUGUUCGGUUUCUCGACAUUUGGUAUGGCGAUGGCGCUUCUCAAAUGGCUCCCUCUAAAGCUAGUAGAUAAAUUGCUUUUGCUGGUAUCCAACUUCACCUUGGGUAACACGGACCAAAUAGGUCUCCGGCGGCCGAAAACGGGUCCAAUCGAGCUCAAGAAUGUUACUGGAAAAACUCCAGUGCUCGACGUCGGUGCACUGGCACAAAUAAAAUCCGGUAAAAUUAAGGUAAUUGAAGGUGUGAAAGAGAUAACGAGAAAUGGAGCUAGGUUCAUGGAUGCGCAAGAAAAGGAGUUUGAUGCGAUAAUAUUAGCAACUGGAUACAAAAGCAAUGUGCCUACUUGGCUCAAGGGAUGUGAUUUUUUCACCGAAGAUGGCAUGCCAAAAACGUCGUUUCCUAACGGAUGCAAACUGUACACAGUCGGGUUUACAGGAAGAGGGCUUUUAGGAACGGCUUCUGACGCCGUUAAGAUUGCUCAAGACAUUGGUGAACAAUGGAGGACAAUCUAA